AAUGGAAUCAUAAUCUUAAUCGUAAUCAUUGAUACCUUACCUGAUGAUGCAUGUGACAUAGUCUGCCUUUAACAACCUGUUGUCUCUGUUUUUGUAUCUCUUUUCUAAAAGUUUCAUUGAGCUUUUUUGGGUUGUUGCCCACCAUAUUAUUCCCUCCUUUUUCCUCAUCAUCUUUCAUUUCAAUCUCUAAAACAUCCUUGGAGUAUCCCCUUCAGUUUGAGUUCCAAUGGCAUCUGAGACUGCCAUAUCGGAUCACACUUCUACUACUGAUGAGUCGGUGCUCAUUCAUCAGUUGCAGGAAGUUGAGAAGAAGGUGAAUGAAGAAGAAGAAAAGCCCAAAGUGGGGGAAUCGCCAAGUCCAGCAACCGCUUCAUCUAAGCCGGAACAAGCGCCCGAGGAUAAGCGUAUUGGACCUCCGCUGGUUGAGGUGGAGAAGAGCGACGAUGCUCCAGCUUAUAGUACGGAGGAAAAAGACUUCAUUUCUCGUUCCCACUCUCCCGCCGUACCAGAGCCAGUAGCUGACACUAUUGAGACCCAAUCAGAAAAGCAAACAGCAAUGGAGACUGUUAUCAAAGAAGCACCGAAGCAAGUAGCACUUGCAUUACUCGAGAAAGGACCAGAGGAGAAACCGAAGAUAGUUGACGUUCCUGAACCAAUAGCUGAAGCCCCACAGAAACUAUUGGAAACGCUGGAUGUGCUUCCAGCAAAAGACUCGGAAUCAGUUGCAAUAGGAGAGAUAAAAAACUUGGGCGUGUCCAUAAAAGUGGAGAGACCAGAAGUUGCAGCUCUUGAACAAUCUGAACAUUAUGAACAAGUUGAGAAAGCAUACGAGGAGGUUGAGAUAAAGGAAAGUGUGGAGACUGAUGCAGACAAAGACCCAAGGACUUCGGUUGAAAAAGUUGAGAAUACCCAACUUUUGAAAGAAGUGCAAACUGAUGAAGAGGAAGAAGCUGGUGUACUUAGAAAUUCUGAACAAGCUCCGACUAAUCAGGAAGCUCAAUCGGAUCUAAAAGAAGAUGGAAUGGAUUUUUCUCUACCUGUUACCGUAACUGAGAAGGUUGAUGCAGAAGACAAAAAGAAAUUUAGCGGGGCUGAUGUGGUUGGGGAGGCAGUUGUGGAGAUAGGAAACCUUUCAGAAGAAAAUGUAGCGAGAACUGGGGAUCAGAUCACAGAAGUGGUGAAUGAAAAGAAAAAUGAGGUACUGGAAGAAUCAACUCUGCCAGUUGAAGUGGAGGAAGUGGAUAGUUUUCCUUCUACAACUGAAGUUAAUGAAAAAUCAAUGGAGGGAGAUAACAUCAGCAGAGAUGUUGAGGUGGCCAUUAAGGGAAACAAAGGAGAACAGAAUGUAAAAGAUGAGAUACUUGCUUUUCCUGAAACCAGCAAAGAUGAGCCAGUGGAGGAAAAGCAGGCUGAAGUCACGAGAGUCGUUAGCAAACCACUUAAAGAAGCCCAGGAACCUGAGCUGCAAUUAAGAAGUGAGGAAACUGUAGAGACUAGUGAAAAUAAGUUGGAGAAAGGAAAAGUUGAUGAGAUUGCAAAAUGUGAUGUUCAGAAUCUGAAGCCAUCUGUCCAGGAGUCUAAGUUGCAAGUAAGAACUGGGGAAACUGUAGAGACUAGUGAUGAUAACCUGGAGAAAGGAAAAGCUGAUGAGAUUGCAAAACCUGAUUUUCAGAAUCUGGAGCCAUCCGUCCAGGAACUUGAAUUGCAUGUAAGAAGUGAGGAGGAGAGUGUAGAAACUGGCGAGGAUAAGCUGGAGAAAGGAAAAGUUGUUGAGAUAGCAAAACCUGAUGUUCAGAAUCUGGAGCCAUCCCUCCAGGAAUCUGAAUUGCUAGUAGGAAGUGAGGAAAGUGUCGAAAUUGGUGAAGAUAAGCUGGUGAAAGGAAAAGUCGAUGAGAUUGCAAAAGCUGAUGUUCAGAAUUUGGAGCCAACCGUCCAGGAACCUGUGUUAAGAAGUGAGGAGGAGAGUGUAGAAACUGGUGAGGAUAAGCUGGAGAAAGGAAAAGUUGUUGAGAUAGCAAAACCUGAUGUUCAGAAUCUGGAGCCAUCCGUCCAGGAAGUACCUGAGUUGCUUGUAAGAAGUGAGGAGAGUGUAGGAACUGGUGAGGAUAAGCUGGAGAAAGGAAAAGUUGUUGAGAUUGCAAAAGCUGAUGUUCAGAAUCUAGAGCCAUCGGUCCAGGAACCUAAGUUGCUAGUAAGAAGUGAGAAGGAGAGUGUAGAAACUGGUGAGGAUAAGUUGGAGAAAGGAAAAGUUGAUGAGAUUGCAAAUGCUAGUGUUCAGAAUCUAGAGCCAUCCACCCUGGAAUCUGAAUUGCAAGUAAGAAGUGAGGGAACCUUAGAAACUGGUGAAGAAAAACGGGAGAAAGGAGAAGUUGGAGAGAUUGCAAAAGCUAAUGUUCAGAAUCUGGAGCCAUCCACCCCGGAAUCUAAAUUGCAAGUAAGAAGUGAGGAAACCGUGGAAACUAGUGAAGAAAAACGGGAGAAAGGAAAUGCUGGUGAGAUUGCAAAAUCCCAUGUUCAGAAUCUGGAGCCAACCAUCAAUGACGUUGGUGAUGAGACAAAAAUAUCCCAGGACCCGACAAAAGAACAUCCAACCAAGUCCACUCCAAAGCAAUCAAAUAACAUUAUGUCGAAGGUAAAACAGUCGCUUGCAAAGGCGAAAAAAGCCAUCAUUGGUAAAUCUCCAAACUCGAAAACCCUUUCCUCUGAAACCAAGGGUGAUAUCAACGUCAAAUAAUGGAUUUAGACUAUGACUGCAACUGUAUAUUUUCAUGCAGUGUGAUAUAUUUUCCCAAAUUAUUAUGUGUGAGAUAUGUAGCCAUAAUUGAUGGUUUCAUUUGUGUCGUUGUUCUGAUCUCUUGCCUGCUUGAUUGCGUGCUUAAUAUGUAAAGGGUGUAUAUAGAAGGCAUAGUCCUUGCCAAACUCAACAUUGUACAAAGUAUGAAGACAUUAUUUUCUUUUCCACCUAAUUAUAUUCUUUGCAGUUGUAUGUAUUAUUUGGUCUUGUAAGUGAUUGUUUUCGAAUAAUGAUCAGAAGACGAGAACUGUACGUGUGCUUAUACGGAUAGUUUUAUUAUGUA